CGCAGAAACGUCGAUGACGCGAGAACACGGGGCGCCUGUUGCUGGCGGCGGUGAGUUUAAAGAGUCUCGGUUGGUGGGCAGCAGUGAAAGCGGCUCUCUAACUCAACGAACACGUUACCGUCUAGGUUCGAACCGGAGGAAUCCAGAACACAGCAUGCCACUGCAGGAUCUGCCCUGCCUGAGCCUCCAGGGCUCCAUGUUGUCUCAGGCCAGGAAGAUCAACAAACGCAAGCCUCGAGGCUGCCUCAGUGAGGGCCUGGACAUGGAAUGCACCCCGACAGAGCUCAUCCAGCAGUGGUCACCACUCCACAAGCAUCAACGGCUCACCAGCAAGGGCAAAGAGAACACGGGCAACCAGUUCGUUCUUGCCAGGAGGUCGAGGAGGAAGAGAGAAUCCACUUCAUCCAUUUCUUGGGACCACCUACCUGACGAGCUGCUCCUCAGGAUCCUCUUUUACAUCCCUCUGCAGGACCUCCUCAGGAUGUCGACAGUUUGCAUGCGCUGGCAUCGCUUAGCGUUUGAUGAGUCUCUGUGGCACAGCGUGGAUCUGGAGGGGUUGACCCACGUUGGUCCAGCUCUGCAGCAGGUGCUGAAGACUGGAGUCCGCAUGCUGCGCUGCCCUCGCUCCUUUGUGGAAGAGCUGCUCUUCACAGGCACAGGCCCUCUGCAGAUAGUUGUUAUGGAUCUGUCCAGCUCCAUCAUCCCCACCUCAUCUCUGGAGAGCAUCAUCUGUCAGUGCAGGCAGCUGGAGUAUCUGAGCCUGGAGGGUCUGCAGCUCUCAGACAACGUCAUCAGCUCUCUGUCUAAGAACCCAAACCUGCUGCAGCUCAACCUGAGCGGCUGCUCUGGCCUCUCUGCUCCCGCUCUGGCUGACAUGCUCCAGUCCUGCACCAGUAUAGAGCAGUUGAACAUCGCAUGGUGUGACUUUAGCAAUGAUCACGUGAAGAGUGUUGUUGCUAACGUGAGCGCUAGUGUUACUCACCUCAACAUCAGCGGAUACAGAGAGAACCUCACGCUAGACGAUGUGAAGGUGCUGGUGACGAGAUGCCCAAAUAUUCAGACACUAGAUUUAAGCGACAGCAGCCUGCUGAUGGCCGACAGCUUCCCUGUCCUCAAACAGCUGAAGGCUCUGCUGCAUCUCUCCCUGAGUCGCUGCUAUCACAUCCACCUCGCUGCUCUCACAGGUUUGGAUAAGACCUUCCCCACGCUGAGCCUGCUGGACGUGUUCGGCAUCGUAACCGGCAGCCACCUGUCGUCUCUGAAGAAGGAGAUGCCUCGCGUCAGCAUCAACUCCAGGCCCUUCUCCAGCGUCGCCCGGCCCACGCCUGCCUCCAGGCCUAUCGGCUGCUUCAUGUGGAACAGGAAGUGUCGACUGAGGUUCAAACUGUAACCACCACACCCCCGUCAUGUUUAAGCCGAGUUAGUUCCUGCUGCAGAGUGUUCGAUCCUGCAGUAAUCCAACGCACGUACAGGGAGUCCGGCCCACCGUGCGGUAAUGGAGCCAUGUUUUAGUAUUUGUUGCUGCUAUGGGAGAUGUUUUUAGUGUUGGCUGGCCUUCAGGGUACUGAAGGUCACGUACUGGUCCGAGCCUUUCAGUAUUGACCAUGCAUGCUUGUAGAGAAAUGGAAUACUUUGUUUAGUGAGGUCAGACGUGGAUGUUGAGUCCAGUUCUUGUUGAAAUGUGUUAACAAACAUUUUAAUGAUUUUAUGAAUCUGUUUUAGGUUCUAAUAAUGUGUUAACUUAAAAAUAUUUUGUAAGGGAAACAUGGUAUAAAAGACUCAAUUAGCAGAUGUCUAUACAUAUUCAGCACUGUUGAUUACUCAAACAUUUGAAUAAUACUCAUGCUAGAAAUGUCUUAUUGUCAGCUGUAAUAAUGAGGUGAACAGAUGAUUUUAACGAGUAUAGAAUGAUGUAUCUGCAUCCAUAUUCCUGUUGGACAAGACCGUACAUUUGUUAUGUAUGCAGGCUUUUAUGAUGAGCUAAUUGUUACCGUACGUGUUCUGUAUGUGCAGCGCUCUAUAUCACCAUAUUUAUGCUGUAUAAAUAUCAUUCAAAUGAAAGAUGAUAUUUAACUUGUCAACUGAGUCUUAACAAGUAAACCACUGAAUACACGAGCAGGACUCUGUCCUCUGCACUCUGUGCCACCACUGUACACACAGUAACAAAUGUUACUAUAUUUAGGUAACCCUAUCAUACAGCAAUUCUUUAUAAGGUGUUUUUGUAAUUUACAAAAAUGUUGCUCAAAUAGCGACCUUUUCCUAAACUAGUGCUGGUUCUGUGUUUGUGCAUUUCAAAUGUGAUGCCAGCAGUGCGCCAUAGGAGCAUCAGUUGAUGUGUAUCAAAUGAGGAGUGUCAUUUAUGGCUUUCAGUGCGUUUGGGCCGGUCAGUACCAUGGCUGAAUAAAGAUGAUUAUUGAUGUUCUGCA